AUGGCCGGAGGCCUGCUGAAUGUGUACUGGGUCCUGACUUUGCUCUGUGUGCUGCGAAUGGUGGAGACAGCGUCCGGGGCCAGGGCCCCAUCUGCAGGGGCCCACGUUAGCUCCCAGUUUCCAGCCUCAGGUGUGAGCCAGACCGGCGUGGUAGACUGUCGAGAAGUGUGUGGCCGGAACGCCUCUGACCGCUGCGCCUUCGUCCGCACCAACCCCGACUGUCGCAGUGAUGGGGGCUACUUAGACUACCUCGAGGGCAUCUUCUGCCACUUCCCAGCCCGCCUCCUCCCUCUGGCCAUCACCCUCUACGCUUUCUGGCUGCUUUAUCUGUUUCUGAUUCUGGGAGUCACCGCGGCGAAGUUCUUCUGCCCUAACUUGUCGGCCAUUUCCACCACACUGAAGCUUUCGCACAACGUGGCACCCCUUGACAUGUCCCCCCAUGGCGUCACCUUCCUGGCGUUUGGGAACGGGGCCCCGGAUAUCUUCAGCGCCUUGGUGGCCUUCUCGGACCCGCGCACAGCCGGCCUGGCCUUUGGGGCCCUGUUUGGCGCGGGCGUGCUGGUCACCACCGUGGUGGCCGGCGGGAUCGCCAUCCUGCGUCCCUUCACGGCGGCCUCCAGGCCCUUCCUCAGAGACAUCGUCUUCUACAUGGCGGCUGUGCUCCUGAUCUUCACCGCGCUCUACCGCGGCAGGGUCACGCUGGCGUGGGCCCUGGGCUACCUGGGCUUCUACAUGUUCUAUGUGGUCACCGUGGUUCUCUGCACCUGGAUCUACCAGUGGCAGCGGAGGAGAUCCUUGGUCUGCUCCAUGCCAGGCACUCCAGAGAUGCUGUCAGAUUCCGAGGAGGAACGGGUGUCUUCUAACACCAACAGCUAUGACUAUGGUGAGGAGUACCGGCCGCUGUUCCUGUACCCGGAGACCACGGCCCAGAUCCUGGUGCGGGCCCUAAACCCCCUGGAUUACAGGAAGUGGAGGACCAAGCCUGUGUACUGGAGGGUCCUCAAGGUGUUCAAGCUGCCCGUGGAGUUCCUGCUGCUCCUCACCGUCCCCGUCAUGGACCCCGACAAGGAGGACAGGAACUGGAAGCGGCCCCUCAACUGCCUGCACCUGGUCAUCAGCCCCCUGUUCCUGACCCUGACCCUGCAGUCGGGGGCCUAUGGAGUCUAUGAGAUAGGUGGCCUCUUUCCCGUCUGGGCUGUGGUGGUGAUUGCGGGCACGGCCUUGGCUGCAGUGACCUUUUUUGCCACGUCCAACAGCGAGACCCCCAGGUUUCACUGGCUCUUUGCUUUCCUGGGCUUCCUGACCAGUGCCCUGUGGAUCAACGCAGCUGCCACAGAGGUGGUGAACAUCCUCCGGUCCCUGGGCGUGGUCUUCCGGCUGAGCAACACCGUCCUGGGGCUCACGCUGCUGGCCUGGGGGAACAGCAUUGGAGAUGUCUUCUCAGAUUUCACGCUGGCCCGCCAGGGCUACCCGAGGAUGGCAUUCUCAGCCUGCUUCGGUGGCAUCAUCUUCAAUAUGCUGGUGGGAGUGGGGCUGGGCUGCCUGCUCCACAUCUCCAGGGGCCACAUGGAGGUGAAGCUGGAGCCGGACGGACUGUUGGUGUGGGUCUUGGCCGGCACCCUGGGCCUCAGCCUCGUCUGUUCCUUGGUCUUGGUCCCGCUGCAGUGCUUCCAGCUGAGCCGAGUUUACGGCUGCUGCCUGCUGCUCCUCUACCUGACCUUCCUCGUGGUGGCCUUGCUCACUGAAUUUGGAGUGAUUCACUUGAAAACUGUGUGA